AUGGCGGACCAACAAGGCGAGGAUCAAUCAACAUCUCCCAAUUACAUGUUCGUCACAUCCACAUCUGAGGGGAAGACGAAGAACAAUUCGCUUCGAAGAUCUCAUGUCAUGCACAGCCAGAUCAAGACCAGGACCCAGCCGAACAAAUCUUAUUCCCUCUCACCACCACAAGUAUUGCCAUCGCUGCUUGCAGGAAAGCGAAGCUUUCGCCUAGCUCGUCGUGAACCACAAGCGCAGUCUAAUCUAAGAAGCCCUCCACCACCACCACUUCUAGCACCUGCACAACGCCCAAUAAGGGCAUCAAUGGGUGUCGUCAACCCAAGUGCAACCAAUCAAGUCGACCUAAGCGAUCCACCACAGAGAUCAUCAACCAAAGUGGAGGAUCUCAGCGCGGAUGAGAAACAAACAUUGCUUCGACUGUCCACGUCUCCACUGCUCCUGUUCGGAAAUUCGCGCCUUGAUUCUCUAGGCGUGCUUCCAAUGAAACUUACACCCUGGGACGAGGUUCUGGUUGAUCGGUUCUGCCACUACGAGAAGUGGCCCUGGUGUCCAGUCAGUGGACAGACCCUAUGGUCGCCAUUUGCGCUCUCUGACGAAUUGGCGUUCUCUGCCACCAUGUAUUCAUGGAGUGUAGGAAUAGGUAGUCGACUUAUGGGGAAGAGUGCCUCUGCUUGGCUUGAGAGUAAUCCAGACAUUAUGCAACACCGGCUCUCAACGAUAUCUCUCGUCAAUGCCAGGAUUUCAGAUCCGGAAGAGGCGGUAAAAGACCAGACCAUCGCUGCUGUCACGGUGGUUGCACAUCUAGAGUUGCUGUACGGUACCAGAGAGGCAGCAAGCCAACACAUGAACGGGUUGAAAGCACUGGUUGAGAUGCGAGGCGGCUUCAAAACUUUUGUAACACCCCUGCAGUUGCUGCUGCAGAGGUUGCUCAGUUGGGUAGACAUUGUGUAUUCCCAAUUGUUUGAGGUGCCACCCAUGUUCCCACCAGCAGAGAUCUGGGACAUAACCUGGUAUUCCCGGGAUCAGAUGACCCUUCCAGGGUCACCACUUGGUCUGUUGCCCAGAGGCCUAGUGUCAGCCAACAUCCCUCACGAUGAGGUGCUUGAAGCGCUUCAAGAUGUCCGUGAACUGUGUGAGGCUCAAAAGGCCAGACCCAUGUCAGGGCUGCAGGACCACGAAAGAAUGCUGAGAUGUGAUAUGUUUCUCAAGAUCGAGAGCAGGCUCAACAUCGUCGUCAAGCUAAUCAGCCGCACAGCUACCGAUUGCAGCUCACCACGCGACAGAACGGGCCUCGUUUGGAAAGCCACCGCGCUUAGUGCGUUGGUUUUUGUCCACCACUUCUUACGCGGCAAUCCCCUCCGACAUCGCCAGUAUGGUGUACUUGUCCCUAUGCUGCAAGAAACACUUCUUGAGAUGACCCCGGACUUCCAAGAACUUGCAUUCGCACGUCCACUGCUUUUCUGGAUUCUUAGUGUGGCUUGUGUGACUAGCAAUGGAUUGUCAUGUCAUGAUUGGCUUGUCGAGAAGCUGUCAAUGACCUGUAGCUCAUACUUGAUGGAUUGGCGAGAUCUAAGGUUGCUGCUCAUCGGCUUCCUCUGGACCGGAAGCGACGAUGAUGAUAAGUAUGCAAGCAUCUGGAGAAUGUUGGACCACUACCAGGGUAACCUGCAGUCACAAGCAGAAAACAUCACUACAAGCAUCGCCUAG